CACGAUCCACUAUGGCGGUGAUUGAUGUUAUGCGUUUGUGAUCAUCACGGUGAAGAUCGAAUCUAAUACACGAAUACUCAAUUAAAUCAAGCACAUACUUAAAUAUAUAUUAAAUUAAUUAAAACUUUACUUGUACACAUAAAAAGUACGUCACAAAAACAAUCAAAAUGUCAAAACCGGACGAAAAUGCAGACACAGGAGAUACGGGAGACAAUUCAAAUGGAUCUUCGGCCGAAACCACGUCGUCCCGAGGUGGUGAUUUUGAAACAAAACUAGAAACUGAUCGAAGUAAACGAUUUGAUUAUUUACUAAAACAGACUGAAAUAUUCUCCCAUUUUAUGACAAAUAAUCAGAAAGAUAAGGCUGGGAGUCCAUUAAAAGUUAAAGCUGGCAGACCUAGAAAACAACCAGAAAAUCAAGCGAAAACUGAUUCCGGUGAUCAUAGACACCGUAAGACAGAACAAGAAGAAGAUGAAGAAUUAUUGGCCGAAAGUAAUGCCAGUGUUGCGCCAACGACGCGUUUCGAAUCUUCGCCACAUUACAUCAAAUCCGGUGAGUUACGAGAUUAUCAAAUAAGAGGUUUGAAUUGGAUGAUAUCAUUAUACGAGCAUGGUAUCAAUGGAAUUUUGGCUGAUGAGAUGGGUCUUGGUAAGACUCUUCAAACUAUUUCACUGCUAGGAUACAUGAAACAUUUUAGAAACAUUCCUGGCCCACAUAUAGUCAUUGUUCCCAAAUCUACUUUGGCAAAUUGGAUGAAUGAAUUUAAAAAAUGGUGUCCAAGUUUAAGAGCAGUGUGUCUCAUUGGAGAUGCAGAGACUCGAAAUACUUUCAUUAGAGAAGUUAUGAUGCCUGGGGAAUGGGAUGUUUGUGUAACAUCUUAUGAAAUGGUUAUAAAAGAAAAAUCAGUGUUCAAAAAGUUUAACUGGCGUUAUAUGGUAAUUGAUGAAGCUCAUAGAAUAAAAAAUGAAAAAUCAAAAUUGUCAGAAAUCUUAAGGGAGUUUAAAACAGCCAAUCGUCUUCUAUUAACAGGAACACCUUUACAAAAUAAUCUUCAUGAACUAUGGUCCUUGCUCAAUUUUUUAUUACCAGAUGUAUUUAAUAGUUCAGAUGAUUUUGAUUCUUGGUUUAAUACUAAUAGUUUCUUAGGUGAUAAUUCUUUAGUUGAAAGAUUACAUGCUGUUCUUCGACCAUUUCUUUUAAGACGUUUGAAAUCUGAAGUAGAGAAAGGACUUAAACCUAAAAAAGAAAUUAAAGUAUACAUUGGUCUUAGUAAAAUGCAAAGAGAAUGGUAUACUAAAGUACUUAUGAAAGAUAUAGAUAUAGUCAAUGGUGCAGGGAAGAUUGAAAAAAUGAGAUUGCAAAAUAUUUUAAUGCAGCUACGCAAAUGUUGUAAUCAUCCAUAUUUAUUUGAUGGUGCAGAACCUGGACCUCCUUAUACAACUGAUGAACAUCUUGUUUAUAAUUGUGGUAAAAUGGUAAUCUUGGAUAAAUUAUUGCCAAAAUUACAACAACAAGAAUCACGAGUUCUCAUAUUUAGUCAAAUGACUAGAAUGUUAGAUAUUUUAGAAGAUUAUUGUCACUGGAGAGGUUUUCAAUAUUGUCGUUUAGAUGGUAAUACAGCACAUGAGGAUAGACAGCGUCAAAUUAACGAAUACAACGCACCAGGAAGCGAGAAGUUCAUUUUUAUGCUAUCAACUCGUGCCGGUGGUUUAGGUAUUAAUUUAGCAACGGCAGAUGUAGUUAUUAUUUAUGAUUCUGAUUGGAAUCCACAAAUGGAUCUACAAGCGAUGGAUCGAGCUCAUCGCAUAGGUCAACAAAAGCAAGUUCGUGUAUUUAGGUUUAUCACAGAAAAUACUGUAGAAGAAAAGAUAGUGGAACGUGCGGAAGUUAAAUUACGUUUAGAUAAGUUAGUUAUUCAACAAGGACGAUUAGUGGAUGCGAAACAAACAGCGUUGAAUAAAGAUGAAAUGUUAAACAUGAUCAGGCAUGGCGCAAACGAAGUGUUUGCAUCUAAAGACAGUGCUAUUACAGACGAAGAUAUAGAUACCAUUCUUCAAAAAGGUGAAGCUAGAACCGAGGAGAUGAAACAGAAAUUAGAAAGUUUGGGUGAAUCUUCUUUGCGCAACUUUACCGUAGAUGCACCCACGGAUUCUGUCUAUCAAUUUGAAGGUGAGGAUUAUCGCGAAAAACAAAAAAUUCUUGGUAUAGGAAAUUGGAUAGAACCGCCGAAACGAGAACGUAAAGCAAAUUACGCAGUUGAUGCAUAUUUCAGAGAAGCUCUUAGAGUCUCAGAACCAAAAGCUCCAAAAGCACCUAGACCCCCAAAACAACCAAUUGUUCAAGAUUUCCAAUUUUUUCCGCCACGAUUAUUUGAAUUACUUGAUCAGGAGAUAUAUUACUUUCGACAAACAGUUGGAUAUAAAGUUCCAAAGAAUCCAGAGCUUGGAUCGGAUGCUGCCAGAAUUCAAAAGGAAGAGCAACGUAAAAUAGACGAAGCUCAACCUUUAACCGAUGAUGAGGUUGCAGAAAAAGAGAAAUUGCUGACUCAAGGAUUUACAAAUUGGACAAAAAGAGACUUUAAUCAAUUCAUAAAAGCCAAUGAAAAAUAUGGUCGAGAUGAUAUCGAAAAUAUAGCUAAAGAAGUAGAAGGAAAAACUCCCGAAGAAGUCAUGGAAUACUCAGCCGUUUUUUGGGAACGUUGUCAUGAAUUACAAGAUAUAGACAGAGUAAUGGCUCAAAUUGAACGAGGAGAAGCAAAAAUACAGAGACGAGCCGGAAUCAAAAAAGCUUUGGAUGCCAAAAUGGCAAGGUACCGUGCUCCUUUUCAUCAAUUGAGGAUAGCAUAUGGAACAAAUAAAGGUAAAAAUUAUACCGAGGAAGAAGAUCGAUUUCUCGUAUGUAUGUUACACAAGCUUGGCUUUGACAAAGAGAACGUAUAUGAGGAGCUUCGUGCCACAGUCAGAUCGGCGCCACAAUUUCGUUUUGACUGGUUUGUGAAAUCGCGCACAGCUUUAGAAUUACAACGGCGAUGCAAUACAUUGAUCACGUUGAUCGAACGUGAAAAUCAAGAAUUGGAAGAACGAGAAAGACAAGAAAGGAGGAAAAAAGGUGGCAGUAUUGGAGCAAAACCCGCGUCGAAACGGAAACAGGAAAAUUUGCCGGCACCACAAGAUAAACCACGAAAAAAGAAAAAAUAAAAAAAAGAAAUACGCUUCAUUUAAAGAGCACGAACUUGACCUGUAAUAAUUUUUCCAUCAUUCAUUCUUCUUCAAGAUAUUAACGAUUUAUCAUCGUUUUAAAUUCAAAGGGACCUGUAAAAGCCGCAACUUCGUUCUUUUUCAUUCCCUACAAUCUAUAUUUCAAUAUAAUUUGACAUGCUUUUUUUUUUUGAUAUGAUAAAAAUCAUGAAGAAUCAUCUUUAAAAGUCAUGAAGAAAACUAGUUAACAAUAGAAUAAUGUAUCUAAUAUUAACAAACAUAGGUUGACAGCAAUAUUCGAAAUGGUUUUGCAUGUGUAACCUUGGCAAGAUAACUUUUUAUAUUUAUACGUAUCAAGUGAUUUCAAUUCACCUCAUGAAUGUUAAAGUCAAGUUAUAAUUAUUUGACAUUGAUGAAGAAAAGUGAGACUUUUUUUUAUAUAUAUAUAUAUACUUAAUUAUCACGAAAACGUUACACACAGCCACCACCAUCUAUGUAUUACAAAAAACCACAUACGUACCUUGAUUUAAUUUUACAUGAAUAAUUGUAAUGCAAUAUUACGUGAACGAUUUUAUUUAUUUGCUAUGAUUUUAGGCAUUGUAAUUCGUUUUACGAAUAAAAUAUAUGCCGCAUCAUAUAAACGUUCAA